AUGGCUAUCAUCUGGUACAAGGUAGGGUUUAUCUUGCUGAGCUUUGCAGUCCUAGUGGCUCACUCUGCUCCAGAAAAUGCCCUCGUCACUCAGCUUCCCGGCUUCUCUGGCUCUUUCCCUUCCAAGCACUACUCCGGUUAUGUGACGAUCAAUGAAGAGACAGGGAAGAAAUUGUUCUACUAUUUGGUCGAACCGGAAGGGAACCCGUCCAAGGAUCCUCUGGUUCUCUGGCUUAAUGGUGGCCCUGGAUGCUCUAGCUUCGAUGGAUUUGUGUAUGAACAUGGUCCUUUCAAUUUCGAGAAGACAAAGCAAGGUCUACCCAAGUUGCAUCUGAACCCAUAUAUUUGGUCCAAGGUAUCAAGUGUUCUAUACGUAGACUCUCCAGCUGGUGUUGGGCUUUCUUAUGCCGACGACAUAUCAGAAUACGUAACUGGUGAUCUAAAACCUGCAACCGAUUCCCAUGACUUCGUCUUGAAGUGGUUUGAGCUAUACACGGAAUUCCUUUCAAACCCUUUUUUCAUUGCUGGAGAGUCAUAUGCUGGAGUUUACGUCCCAACUCUUGCCAAUGAAGUUGCAAAAGGAAUUGAUGCUGGUGUGAAGCCUGUCAUCAAUCUGAAGGGUUAUAUGGUAGGAAAUGGAGUCACUGACGAAGCAUUUGAUGGCAGUGCACUUUUUCCGUUUGCCCAUGGGAUGGGCCUUAUCUCAGAUGACCUGUAUCAGGAGACGAACCGUGAGUGCAAUGGAAAUUUCUAUUAUCCACUCGAGAUAGCUUGUGAGGAGAAACUGCAAGAAGUUGAUAGGCAAGUUAAAGGUCUAAACAUAUACGACAUCCUAGAACCAUGCUAUCAUGACAGCGCUGCUAAAGAUGCAACAGAUAACAAAAUCAGACUGACAUCCAGUUUCUUGGAAUUAGGUGGAAUAGAACGACCUCUUCCUGUCCGGACAAGGAUGUUUGGUCGUGCUUUGAUAUGA